UUGACAAAAAAUUCGCAUUUCGUUACCUGUCUAGAUUUUAGAAAAUUAAAGUUUUGUUAGAGAUUCAUUUACAAUUGUGAGAAACCGUUAAAUUUUGGAUUCUUAGGAUUGUUUUGACUUUUUUCCGUAAAACAUUAAUUAGAAACUUUUAGGUUUUACAAAACAAUCGAAAACAUAAAUCGUUUGUACUGGUGCAAUAAAUACAGUUUUUCGAAAUGCUUUCAUCAAUCGCAAUAUUUAUAUCUUAAUACAUACGUAUUGGCAUAUGCCUUAAGUUUAAGUUUUUUUUAUUUUAAAGAGAAUUGAUUUUUGAAUAGAAAAUUAUGUCGAACCAAAACAACGAAAAUUCUAAUGAUUUAGAAAAUGAAAUACCACUAACUGCUAUAGUAUAUAACAAACACAUAGAACAAACUAAAGCAGUCAUGGCAAAAAAUAUGUUUCAAAAUGAAUCUACAUCAAACCCAGGGAUAUCUAUAGAUAUUAAAUAUGUUUGUCGAAUAUGCCUAAUGGCUGAAAAUAAUAUGAUUUCACUGAUGUCUACAGUUGGAUGUGAUGUCUUAGCUGAUAUGUUCACGUCUAUUUCUUCCAUUAAAGUUUCUUCCGAUGAAAGCCUUCCAUUACAAAUAUGUGUUUCAUGUCGAAAGGAUAUCUUACAUUGCUAUAAAUUUAAGCUCAAAUGUAACAAGACAAACAACAUUUUGAGGUCUUUAUUAAAGGACAAAUGUAAUAGUAACCUUAUUGGCUACAAUACUAGCGAUUUAGAUAAAGUGGAUCAGAUCACACAGACAAUGUUUGAUGAUGUUGUCAGAUUAAAUAAAAUGCAACAGAAUGAAAUUAAUACUAUAAAAGAUGAAACAUUAAAAGAAGAGCAAGAUCUUAAAACAGAAAUUAAUGAAGAUCAUGAAGAAAUUGAAUACUUAGAGGAUGACAUUUUUUAUGACAAUGAUGCUGUUAAAAAUGAAGAGGAUAAAAGAAGUGAGGAGACACUUGAAUUAACAGAUAAAGAAAAAAAUUAUAAACAAAAAAGUUUUAAAGCAAAGAAGAAAAGAUUUAAUUGCAACAAUUGUUUUAAGAAUUUCCUAAAAUCUAAAACACUGAGAACACACGUCCAGACAUGUCAUAGUGGUAAAACAUUCCCGCCAUUUGGUUGUGGACAGUGCAAAGAUUCCUUUAAUUCUCAAGAAGAUCUUCACAUACAUUCGGCACUGCACGUCAAGGGUACCCACUGGACCUGCAAUAAAUGUUUCAAAGACUUUACAGAACGCAACAGAUUCAGACGUCACAUCCGGCGUCACAUGGAGACGAAGCGCUACGCGUGCGAGGCGUGUGACAAGACGUUCUCGGAGCUGUGCGCCCUGCGCAGACACUCGCGCGUGCACACCGGGGAGAAGGUCGAGAAAAAGUAUCGAUGUGAUAUAUGCGAUAAAAGGUUCUGCGACAGCAGCCAGCUGGCGGCGCACUCGGCGCGCCACACGGGCGUGCGGCCGUGCGCGUGCGAGUGCGGGAAGACCUUCCCGUCGCGCCGCCUGCUGGCCUCGCACCGCCUCGUGCACUCCGACCUCAAGCGGUUCGCGUGCGACUACUGCGAUAAACGAUUUCGUCACGAGUCGACUCGCAAUACGCACCACCGCACCCAUACGGGCGAAAAGCCUUACAUCUGCUCGAUAUGCGGCAAGACGUUCAUACAGAGCUCUAACCUUAAGCUACACAUGCGCACUCAUACGGGUGAAAGACCAUACACGUGUGACGUUUGCGGGCGGAAGUUUACUUCUGGCUCCUCACUAACGUGUCACCGUCGCACGCACACCGGGGAGAAACCCUACAGUUGUCAUAUUUGUGGUAAAAGAUUUGCUAGGACAGACAUUCGCACACACAUGCGCCAGCACACCGGUGAACGACCUUUCGCCUGCUGUGUUUGUCCCAAGAAGUUCAUCAAUGCGGCACGACUACGUGACCACUAUCUCAUACAUACGGGUGAAAAACCCUAUGAGUGCGCCAUUUGUAAUGAAAAAUUUAAAAAGAAAAGUUAUUUGGCGAAACAUCUAAGAAGCCACGAUAAAGAGAAAAAAAUAAAAGAGAAAAAGAUUGUAAUUGUUCAACAAUUACCUUUCAUGAUGGAUAAUAAUUUAAUUUAUGCAGAGAGUGCCACUAAUGAAAUAGCUAUAAAAGAUGCUCCAGAAUCGAAUGUUGAUACUGAAUACGAGAAUAAAGAAGUCACUUUGGUUACAGAAGAAGUUCCUUUGGAAGUAUCUGGAGAGCUUGUAUUGCAGGAUGACAGUAAUGUGAAGGCAGAACUCGUAGUGGUCAAUGUUGGACAUAAUGAUAUAAAUUACGAAGAGGGGGAAAUAUGUCUAAAUACAAAUAAUAUUAAGUAUGAAAAUGAUCGAAAUACACAUAAUGGUAGCUUAGUGACUGUGAAUGAAGGUGAGGUGAAUAUAUCCGAGUCCGCCUCAGUGGUGGAAGGAAGUGCAGUGAAAUUAUACCAGUUAGACCAAAGUUUAGUGCAAAUACAUACGUCUGGCCGACAUAUCACUAUCCAAAAGAUUACUAGUAAAAUGACUACAAACUUCAAUUAAACAACUAUUUAUCUAUAAAAUUAUAACAAUUAAUUGCUU